AUGCACCCAGCACCAUCUCUCUUUCUCAGCCUCCUCGCUGCCACCCUGUCAGUAGCCCAACUCUCCCCAGACAUCAAUUAUUGCGAAGGCGACAAGAGCACAUUGGGCCACUGCGACACACUCACCUACGAAGACACCACUCUCUCGGCAGCCAACCCACCCACCACAACCGAAUGCCAGGAGUCGUGCUUUAGCAUCUUCGGAGACGCCGGUGAAUGGAUCGUUCAACUAGAAGGCAAACCAGAAGGCUACCAGCAACACAUGCACCAAUUUCCCUGCGGGUUCAGUAUUGGUGCUAUACCCAACACGCCGCAUGAGUUCUCGUUCGAUAUGAACAAUCAGGAUAUGGCCGAUAUUAUUGACGAGGCGGUCAAGCGGUUUGCGCAUUUGCAUGGCGGGAAGGUGGCAGCGAGGGGGACGGUGAGGUGUGAUGGGCAUGAGGCUAUGUGCCACUCGAUCGAGUCAAACCCGCAGAAGCCCACGACGAAUGCCAUCGCAGCAGGCCCACCUCGCUUAGAUCCACCAGAUAUGGCGGCUUUCUGA